AACACACCGGACAGAAGUACACGGAAGUAGCUGUCGGACUGCUGUGUUCAGCGAGUACAAGUAAAGUGGACGUUUUUCCUCGUUCUGUACACGUUAGUGAGGAGGUGGGAGCCACCGAUUAACAAAUUCUCUCUUGCGAUGGAAAGCACACAAAUGGACAAGAAGGUGUUCUUAUUAACGGGAGGUUGUGGCUACUUUGGAUUUCGCCUUGCAUCUGCUCUGCAUAAAAGAGGAGCCCGAACCGUUUUGUUCGACGCUGUUCGUCCAAGCCAAGAACUUCCUGAAGGCAUGGUCUUCAUGCAAGGAGAUAUACGUGACUACGCACAAGUUGAGAAAGCUGCGUUGGGUGUUGACUGCGUGUUUCACAUCGCCUCUUAUGGCAUGUCUGGUAGGGAGCAGCUGAACAGACACCUGAUCGAGGCGGUCAAUGUUCAGGGCACCAAGAACAUCCUGAGAGCCUGUGUGGAAAACGGAGUACCGAGACUGGUUUACACCAGCACUUUCAACGUGGUGUUCGGAGGCCAAGUGAUAGAGAACGGCGACGAAAGCCUUCCUUAUCUGCCGCUCCAUCUUCAUCCCGACCAUUACUCCAGAACCAAGUCCUUGGCUGAGAUGGCAGUGCUAAAGGCAAACGGAACAGCCCUGACUGGUAGCUCUGAGGUGCUGAGGACCUGCGCUCUGCGUCCAGCAGGUAUCUAUGGACCCGGUGAGCAGAGGCACCUCCCUAGAAUAGUUAGCUACAUAGAGAAGAGGAUCUUUAGCUUUGUUUAUGGCAGUCCCAGCAGCUUGGUGGAGUUUGUCCAUGUGGAUAACCUGGUGUCCGCUCACAUGCUUGCUGCAGAGGCUCUGACUGCAGAGAAGCAGCACCGCUCUGCCGGCCAGGCAUACUUCAUUUCUGAUGGGAAGCCUGUCAAUAACUUUGAAUUCUUCAGACCUCUGGUUGAAGGCUUGGGCUAUCCUUUCCCCAAACUGCGCCUCCCCAUCUCACUCAUCUACCUGUUUGCCUUCCUCACUGAAAUGAUCCACCACAUAAUUGGUCCGCUCUACAACUUCCAGCCCCUGCUGACUCGCACAGAGGUUUAUAAAACAGGCGUCACACAUUAUUUCAGCAUGGCCAAAGCCAGAAAGGAGCUGGGAUAUGAGCCGCAGGAGCACAACCUGCAGGAGGUGGUUCAGUGGUUCAAGAGCAGAGGCCACGGGAGGAGAUGUCAGAGUCCCUUCUUCUGGAGAUUUAUGCUCAACAUCCUGUUUGUUUCUGCUUUUAUUGCUGUGGUCCUGUCUUUUCUUCCUGUUGCUGGCAGCUGGUGAAAAGCCUGGCUUCAUCCAUCAAUCCAAAUGUAUUUAUACAGAACUUUUCACACAAUCAGCUAUGUGAUCAGUGCUCCUGAUCCUUCAAAAAAUACUGCAAUAGAUGCUAGACGUUUUCAAAUCUAUUCGAUCUAAAAUGUUCUUUUUUGCACAAAAGCAGAAAUUAACAAAGCAUCUGCUUUACAAUAUAAUGGGACCAACCUGUCUUAGUUACUAAUAAAACUCAUCCAAGACUAUCUCUCUGUUUUAAUCCUCCUAGAAGGGAUAAGAACUCACAAUUUUAUGUUUUUUUUUACUGAUUUAUUAUUAUUAGAGAUAGACCAAUACCAACACAGAUUAUUUUGACAUCAGCCUAACCGAUCCCCGAUGUUUACAAUAUUUUCUGGCAAUUGUUGAAACUGAUAUUGCUAUCGCAUCCUCUGUUUAAAUGACUAUAUAGUAAUCAAUAUUAAACAGUUGUCAAUAUAAUACAAAUAUUUUUUUUGUUUUUGUUUAUAAAUCAAAGAAAACAUUAACAAUAAAUCGAAAAUGGAGGGAGGAGAAUGCAUGCGCUUCAUGCGUUUUCAAGGCAUUGCUGCCUAAUGCACUAAUAAGUCAGCCAAGAAAGAAAAACAGAUCAGCCGUCCUAUACAAUAUGACGUCCGGGCAAUAUUAGCAUUUUUUUGUCAUGUUUCGGUAUCGGUUGAUUUGCAUUGUUCGAUUUACCAGUGCAUUCAGCUUGCAAAGCCUUGAGAUCAUGUGAGGUGCAGAUAUUUUUGGUCCAACCUUUGUUAGUGUUUUUUUUUUUAUACAAGUAAAAUUUGUUAAUAAAGAUUUCUUUUCCUUUAUAGUCAGACUCCUGUGGCAUUUGUUUUGGUGGUGCCUUUUUUGUUGUGUAAAUAGAAGAAGAGAAAUCCAAAAUGGCUGCACGUAUCAGGGAUCAGUUAGACCGAAAAAUAAUCGCCAUCAGGCUUGAAAAAAAAACCUGCAUCGGUCAAUCUCUAAUACACUUUUAAAGUAUCAUUAGAAAAAAAAAAUACAUUCUGCUAACUGUGUUCAUUCAUUGAAGAGUUUUAUUUUUUUAUGCCAACUCAGGAAAUAAAAUGUUUUUAUGUGAAAAAAAAUACAGUUGGGUUUAGAUUUUGGAGUUUUCCUCCUCAGCUGUGUUCUUUAAACAGAUUACUGUUUUAUAAAUUGGCCUUAAAUGACCUACUAACUUUGGUUGUACUGUAUAAGAAUCUGUUGUUAAAUUUCAUUGUAUAUAAUUUGAUAUGACUCAGUCUCUAUGACGAAUUGUAAUGAAGUGUUUUUAUCUUAAUUAAGACCUUGGAUUUUAUACAUCUGCGGAUGAAUAGAGCCUCUUUAUAAAGUUGCCUUAU